AUGGACGCGGUGGAGCCGACGGCGGUGGAGCCCGCACUGCGCGACCUUGCGGAGCGGUACGCGAAGCGUACACGACUCAUUUACUCGCAUGCAAGCGCACCCCUUGCGGCGGAGGCGUCUCCUGCCGAAGAGGCCGCGACGCGCGCGCACCUCGCGGCGAAGCUCGGUGCGGAAUACAAGGAAGCCCAUACCCUCCCCGAGGUGAUCCGGACACAGCAAGGCGCCAAGCCUGCUGCGCCGAGCAAGUCGCGCGGCACAGUGAGCAGCACGGGCGUGUCGAAUGCCGACGUCCUCACGCAGCUCGAGAUGCAGCGCGGCGUCGCGCCGACCUCGAGCCGCGACGCGCAGGAAGGCGCGGUCGCGCUGCGCUCGACCUUUGCAUCGAAGCCGCAGUCCGCGUCGAGUCUCAAGACCGCGCUGAUCCGGCCCGACGAGGCCAGCCGUGCGGCCGAGGCGGGCAGCAGCCAGUCGAUGCUCAACAGCGCGCUGAUCCGCAAGAAGGAGCUGGCGGCGCGCCAGGCCGAGCCCAAGUUCCACCCCCAGUGGAAGCUGAUGCGUGUGAUCUCUGGCCACCUCGGCUGGGUGCGCUGCAUGGCCGUCGAGCCGAAUAACCAGUGGUUUGCGACCGGUGCGGGCGACCGCAUGAUCAAGAUUUGGGAUAUGGCGAGUGGCGAGCUGAAGCUCUCGCUCACCGGCCACAUUUCGACGGUGCGUGGGCUCGCGGUGAGCUCGCGGCACCCCUACAUGUUCUCGGCGGGCGAGGAUAAGCUCGUCAAGUGCUGGGACCUCGAGACGAACAAGGUGGUGCGGCAGUACUAUGGCCACCUGUCCGGUAUCUAUGCGCUGUCGCUGCACCCCACGCUCGAUGUGGUGGUGUCGGCGGGCCGCGACGCGAGUGCGCGCGUGUGGGAUAUCCGCACCAAAGCGCAGAUCCACGUGCUGAGCGGCCACCGCGGCACGGUCGCGAGCGUCGAGUGCCAGGAGAGCGAUCCGCAGGUGCUGACGGGCAGCAUGGACUCUACGGUGAAGCUGUGGGACCUGGCGGCCGGCAAGUGCAUGACGACCUUGACGCAGCACAAAAAGUCGGUGCGUGCGCUGGCGAUCCCCCCCAACGAGUUCACCUUCUUCUCCGGCUCGGCAGGCGGCCGAAACAUCAAAAAGUGGCGGUGCCCCGAAGGGACGUUGCUGCGCAACAUGACGCACGACGGCAUCGUCAAUACCCUCUCUGUGAAUGCCGAUGGCGUCGUCUUUUCCGGAACAGACGACGGCUCGAUGAAGUUCUUCGACUCCGAGACCGGCGUCCCCUUCCAGUCCGCGGCCGACAUUGUGCAGCCCGGCUCGCUGGACGCCGAGGCGGGCAUCUUUUGCUCGAGCUUCGACCAGACCGGCACGCGGCUGCUUACCGGCGGUGCGGACAAGACGAUCAAGGUGUAUCGUGAAGUAUAG